AUGGACUCGCGGUCCAGCCUAGAAUCUGCCCAAGCAUCAAAAGAAGCUCUUCUGACAGAUUAUGAUAGGAGUGGUUACGACCAGCGUAAUGGCACAGGGCGAACCCUAAAAUUACACUUGUUGAACGUGCUCCCCUGGAUCUUGGUUUUGGUCUUGUCUGCAAGUUUAGCCUUAAAGUCUACGCAGCCAGGUCAAGCGUAUGAAACUCGCGAUUACACUUACUGGAAAGAAAGUGAAUUGAAAAGUGAACCGUCAUAUGUUGGGAGGCCGAAUCCCAGUAUCGAUGCAGCUUGGGCGGAAAUUCUUGGCGUGAUACAGAUCUUCUUGACACCCGAAGAAGCUCAGCGAUUGGAUGCAGAACCAUAUCUAGAUGCAGAUACAGGAAUGCCGAUGGCAAUAGUGACUGCUUUUCAUGACCUACAUUGCCUCAACAUGAUUCGAAUGGCUUUGUACCCAGAUUACUAUCCUGAGAUGAGCAAGGAUGACGGACUUGCACCACAUAUAGAGCACUGCCUUGACAGUCUCAGACUCACGAUUAUGUGCGACGCAGAUACCACGCUCAUUCCGAUCGAGUGGUCACCAAACGGAAACAGAAUUAUGCCAAAAUUCGAGACCGUGCACACUUGUCGUGACUAUAAUACGCUAAAAGAGUGGGCGACAGAACGAGAUUCAGUGGAUGAAGAGAAGUAUCGCGAAAAUGCUGCGAGGCUCCGGGAAAAGGCUGGUCUUCCUCCGUUUAUUUAGGUUUAGGUGUUGCAUUGAUGUAUUGUAUACAUGCAGUAGUUAUCUCGGUGACGACUGAACCAAGGCGGACAACAAUAGGAAACAGUGAAGACUCCAGGAAUUUGCAGUCAGGCUGGCGAACGGACUGACGGGUCGUUGCGCCAAGGGCCUGCGUCUCCGCUAGUUUAGGUUAUAAUCUAAGAUUAGUAAAGCGUGCCAUACGCAAGUUGGGACAUAACUUAUUGCGUCCAUGUCGUUUUCACAUC